ACGGUUUUACAGCACAGACAAGAGUACAAUGUGGGGCAAUAACUAUAAAGACCGAACAUUCUAAAGUUUUAGGGUUGGUCGAGGCAUUAAAUGUAGCUUUACAAGUUGGAUGUUAGCGCCAUACAAAAGUAUUAAUAAGUAGUCUACGUCUACAGGUCGCCUACCGUUCCCGAGUUCAUAUUACUUGAGCAGACUUAAUUUCAUCACGGUUGAAUAGUUGUGAACUCACCGCGCGUGUGAUAAAGGUUAUUGUUGGUCAGUAACGGCUAGUCCAGAUCAUGUGUGUAGCGGACAGGCGUUAAUUUAAUGUACAGAAGUUAAUAUUUGCCCGUGCAAAGGUACAGGGUUGCAUUAUCGCUUUGCAAAACUAGGUAACAGUAAAUUUAGCAUACAGACACUUUAAACUUACAGAAGACUACCAUCAUGAAAAGAAGUACGUAGACACAUACUGUUUACUUUUUUUAAAUUUACAGCUGUUAAUAGCUGUGUUGUUUUGACCCGUAACUAAGUAAACGAAUCGCUAUAACGCUGUUGCAAAACAGAACUUGUUGACAAGGGUUCAUGAGAGGCCGCGCCUUCGUCACGCCCACAUUACGUAACGUAUCAAAUGGCCAAGCAUUACGUCGCCGCCUCUAAUUUGUUAGCCGCCUAAAUCAUAAGCGCAUUUUGAUAUGACAGACAUGGCUUGCAAUGAUGUAGAACACAGAUAGAAAACAAGCGUGUCUUGCAUUGACCCUGUGUAUCUACAUAUCUUGUAAUGUUUGCACUGUUUUGUCAACAACUUUCAUCGUCUAAUAGAAGAACGAUAGCAAACAGAUGGUAAUAAAAAGGCUGAUGGUAAAUAAUGGUAGUUCAAAUUGCAGAUGCAGACGCUAGGUGUAAGUGAAUGAGUGCUUGAGAUCAGUGUGUACUUACACCAUGUUCAAGUCAACAACUUGCUCGCAAUAUAUCCGAUUGUUCCUGCUGCUGGCCGCUGUUACGCAACAAUCAACAGGGACCAACGUCGUGAACAGAAGGCUUGCAGAUUUUGCCCGUGAGGCAAUUUCAAGUUUGCAACGCGAGGAUGGCAGUUUUCGUUUCGAUUUAGAUGGCGUGCUUGGGCUCAAAUCUGUUUUAAUGAAAGGUGUUGCAACUUUUACGAAAACGGGACGAACUCAGCAAUUUCGUGAAGCCAUUGACCCCGAGGCAUUCAUGAACGCAACACAACUUAUAGAAUCGAAAGGUUUUCCUUGCGAAACGCAUCAUCCAAUUACUGAAGAUGGAUAUGUUCUUGGAAUGCAACGAAUGCCCCAACCAUCAAAGACCAGGGAACCUGUGUUCCUUCUUCACGGCCUUUUGAGCUCGUCAGAUUGCUUCCUAACCAAUCUAGUUAAUGAGAGUUUGGCGUAUAUUCUCUACAACGCAGGAUAUGACGUUUGGCUGGGAAAUGUGCGAGGGAACCGCUACUCCAGGAAGCAUGUUACGAUGUCACCCGACGACCUUGAAUUCUGGGACUGGUCGUUCGAUCAAAUGGGACAAUACGAUGUUCCAGCGAUGAUAAACCACAUACUUAACGUUACAGGCCAUCCCAGAGUCCACUACAUUGGUCACUCACAAGGGACGACCUCUCUUUUCACAGGUGUCAUGAGAAACGGACGAUCGCUUGCGGAUAAAGUAAAAUCGUUUAUUGCGUUGGCUCCUGCAGCCCUGGUCCCUAACAUGCAGUCACCCUUGCAUUAUUUGAUGUACUUAGCGAACGAUAUAGACUUGGUGUACAAUCUGUUCGGACAAGGUGAUUUUUUACCCCAUGACGGACUUUUGGAAACGGUGUCUAAACUUCUAUGCCCGUACGAGCAGAAAAUUUGCCAAAAUUUAUUCUUUUUGAUCGGCGGCACCGAUUUUACGAACACUAAUGUUUCAAGGAUACCUGUCUACAGUGCCCAUGACCCAUCCGGAACAUCGACACAGAACAUGUUACAUUGGGCGCAAAUGUUCGGCAAUAAGGAAGACACGAUGAAGUAUUAUGACUACGGGUAUAUUAAGAACUUCAAACGUUACGGGCAGGUCCACCCACCGCGUUACAACUUCAGUGACUUUACAGUGCCUACUUACGCAUUCUGUGGAUAUAGUGACACCCUUGUGGUUUUGCAAGAUUGUAAAAAAUUAAUGACGCUUUUACCGAACGUACGCGAAGCGACUUUCAUCCCACAUUAUACUCACCUUGAUUUUAUCUUCGCCAUGAAUUCGCCACAGGUUUUGUACAGUCGUGUUUUAAAGAUUCUCGCCGCCUCCUAAUUCUUCAUCUUUUACUUUCAAUUCCAUUGUAUUACUGUGACGGGAUGAAUGAAUCCCCACUUUUUAACGUACUCUCGUAAAUAUACGAAGUGUAAAAAAAA